CUCCUGCUGACUUAAGCACGUGACAAGUCAAAUGACCAGUCACAUGAGAGAUCUGUGUCAAGAUGUCUGCGGUUGAGCGGCCCUCCUUCUCGAUGGGAAAUGAGACCCUCAGGGUUCCCAUGGCCCUAUUUGCCUUGAACAGGCAGCGGCUGUGUGAAAAACUGCGGAAGAAUGCGGAGGUGCCGAAGAAAUCAGUGAUGGUUCUGCAGGGGGGUGAGCAGACGCAGCGAUACUGCACAGACACUGACGUCAUUUUCCGUCAGGAAUCUUACUUCCACUGGACAUUUGGCGUGACGGAGAGUGACUGCUAUGGUGCUGUGGAUGUUGCUACUGGCAAGUCCUUGCUGUUUGUGCCAAAACUACCAGAGAGCUAUGCCACGUGGAUGGGAACGAUUCACUCCCGUGAGCACUUCAAACGUAAAUACGCUGUGGAUGAAGUUCAUUUUGCCUGUGAUGUGGCAGAAGUGCUGAAGAAGCUGCAGCCUGAUGUAUUGCUCACCUUGCGUGGCCUCAACACUGACAGUGGGCACACCACACGAGAAGCCUCGUUCGAAGGGAUCAGUCAGUUUAAUGUGAACAACGUUCUGCUUCACCCGGAGAUCGCAGAGUGCCGUGUGAUAAAGACGGACAUGGAACUGGAGCUCCUGCGUUACACCAACCGCAUCUCCAGCGAGGCCCACAAAGAGGUGAUGAAGGCGGUGCGUGUGGGGAUGAAAGAAUACGAACUGGAAAGCCUGUUCCAGCACUACUGUUACAAUCGAGGAGGAAUGCGCCACACCUCGUACACCUGCAUCUGUGGCAGUGGACUGAACUCGUCUGUCCUGCACUACGGCCACGCAGGCGCUCCUAAUGACAAGACCAUCCAGGACGGGGACAUGUGCCUCUUUGAUAUGGGUGGAGAGUACUACUGCUAUGGGUCAGACAUCACCUGCUCCUUUCCAGCCAACGGCAGGUUCACUCCCGAGCAGCGCGAUGUCUAUCAAGCCGUUCUGAAAGCUUCGCGGGCAGUGCUGAGCGCCAUCAAACCAGGGGUGGCCUGGCCGGAUAUGCAUCGCCUGGCUGAGCGAGUGCAGCUGGAGGAACUGGCGAGGAUUGGCAUCCUGAAGGGCAGUGUGGACGACAUGAUGAAGGUCCAUCUGGGAGCCGUGUUCAUGCCUCACGGUCUGGGUCAUCUCCUGGGAUGUGACGUCCACGACGUUGGCGGGUACCCAGAGGGCGUGGAACGGAUCGAUGAGCCUGGUCUCCGAAGCCUCCGCACCGCGCGGCAUCUUUUGGCUGGCAUGGUGCUGACUGUUGAACCAGGUAUCUACUUCAUUGACCACGUAUUGGACCAAGCUCUCGCUAACCCAGCCCAGGCCUGUUUCUUCAACACUGACGUGCUGGCCCGAUUCCGUGGCUUUGGAGGGGUGCGCAUUGAAGAUGAUGUAGCAGUGACCCCCACAGGGAUGGAGUUGCUGACCUGUGUCCCCCGCACCGUCGAGGAGAUUGAGGCCUUCAUGGCCCAGGGAUCUGGCCCCACCAAGCAGUUCAGCCAGCAGACUGCCUGAGGGAUAACCAUGGGGCCACUGUCCCACCUUACCUUGCAUCCAGUCUAAACCUAGCCUUGCCUUCCCUUGUAUCUGGAUUGUUCUGUGAUCAGGAUCUAAGAUUCCAAUCAAGCUUUUUGCUCGUAAAUCUAUACAAAUAAGUGGAUGGACCUAGACCCAACAGACUGCGGUUGUCAGACACAGCAACAAACACAGAAUGUAUAACAUAGAACAGUACAGGCCCUUCAGCCCCUAAAGCUUAACCACGUCCAAGAUCAAUCUAACCCUUCACUCCCACAUAGCCCUCCAUUUUUCUAUCAUCCAUGUGCCCAAGACUCUCAUAAAUGCCUCUAAUGUAUCUGCCCCUAUGACAGCCUGUUGUAACCUCCAUUGUCCAUAACAUCACCCUUGUGACAUAUGCAAACCUUCAUGAAUUUGAUUUUGCCACAUCCUCAAAGAAUUCAAUCAGGCUCGUGAGGCACAACCUGCCCGUCACAAAGCGAUGUUGAUUAUUCCUAAUCAGACCAUGCUUCUCCACAAUAUGCUUCUUUACAAUACUUGUAAAUCCUGUCUGCAAGAAUUUUCUCCAAUGGUUUGCCCACUAAUUGUAAUUCCCAAGAUUACGUUUCUUGAACAAAGGAAUACCAUUUGCCGGCCUCCAAUCUGGUACUACUCAUGUAGCCAGUGAGGACACAAAGAUAGAUCAUUGCCAAAGACACAACAUCUCUUCCCUCACUUCCCAAAAUAACUUGGGGUAUAUCACUGGGGACAUAUCUAUCCUAAUGCUUUUCAGAAAUUCCAGCAUGUUGACAUGUUCAAUCAUAUCAGCCUGUUUUACCCUGUCCUCAAACAUUCUCACUGAAGCAAAGUAUUCAAUGAGAACUCACCUACCUCCUUCGACUCCAGGCAUGUUUCCUCUUUUAUUCCUGAUCAGUCCCAUCCUCCUUUUCUUCACAUAUGUGUACAAUGCCUUGAGGUUUUCUUUAAUGGUACUCACCAGGCCUUCUCAUGUCCUUUUCUUGCUCUCUGAAAUCCAUUGGCCUUCCUGGCUACCUUAUGAACCUCAACAUACACAUUAAAAACAUGAAAGCAGAAUAGACUUCUUCUCACUGACAAACACAUAUUCCCUCUCCACCACACAAACACCUCUAGCCUGUAUUGGUCAAUCCCUCUACCUCCUGUUCUUCAGAGUGCCGGGUGGAGAGUGGGACUAGUAACUGCCUUCAAUCAUUGUCUUCUUGGGACUGGAAAUUCUGUCUUUGUCUGCCACAUGGGGACUGAUAUCCCCUUCCCUGGGGUGAAGUCUCCUCCUCUUUUCCCCUUGCUAUGCACUGGGGAAUGGGCCAGAGACAAGGCCCCUUGUUGGUCAGGAUUGACCGUGGAUGCUGUAAUACACAAGCAAGAGCAAUACGAUAUGGGGAGCAAGCCGUUGCCCACUCAGCUGAAGAAUUCAAAGGAACGGCAGAGACUGAUAGAGUCUGGCACCAGCACCAUCGCAGGAGUUGCCAGUCAGCAUUGAACUGCUUUAUAGGCUCCAGUUCCAGACUUUUCCUCAGAGUUUACUCCGAAAACCUUCUCCGUGAGUGGGUAUAGCCGCAAGGCAGCAGAGGUUUGAGAUCAGAGUUUCUCUUCUCAAUGAUUUGCCAAGCAGUUCUGACGAACCCCAUCUGCUCAAAGGGCCAGAAAAGUGAAGAGUGAAUGUCUGAGCCCAGGAUCUGUGUUGGGUCUAUGAAUGUUCCUACAUCUCCUUUAGCCUGCCGUCAAGGAAGACAUGGAAGUGAUGCCGAUCACUUCACAUUCCUCUUGAUUUUUAUAAUUUUACAAAUAAAGUAGCCACAAUUCUUGCA